AUGGUUCAAAUCAAAGCCUUCGCAGUUAUUGCGACCACGCUCUUUGGCUGCGUCUUGGCAGCUCCCACAGCGCCAGAGGGCGUUGACAGUGUCAUCCCCGACAGCUAUAUCGUCACACUCAAGUCUGAGAUUAAGCCACCCACGAUUAAGGCUCAUAUGAAAUGGGUUGGUGACGUUCACAAACGGAGUCUCGAGAAACGUGGUCUUGAGAAGCGUGAAGCCGACAACGGUGUUGAGAAGACGUUUGAGACUGAAGGCGGCUUCCGAGGCUACGCUGGCACGUUCGAUCCCGAAACAAUAAAGGAGAUCAAGAAGAGCUCAGCAGUGGCCCACGUUGAGCCUGAUCGUCGAGUUCAAUUGACAUGGAACCCUAGCAAGCGACAAGAACAGCCCGUGCAACCCUCAACAGAAGCAGGCCAAGAUGAACAGCCCACCGAUGAUGAAGAAGAUGAUGAUGACCAGUCACUGGAGAAGAGGGGUGAGGUCAACCAAACACCCAGCACAUGGGGACUCGGAACUAUUUCGCACCGCAAGAAGGGCUACAACAACUACUACUACCACAAGUCGAGCGGCUCAGACUCUUACGCCUAUCUUGUUGAUAGUGGUGUUCGCACCACCCACAAGGAGUUCCAGGGUCGUGCCAAGAACGGCUGGACAGCUUUCAGAAGAGAUUUCACUGACCGUCUCGGCCAUGGUACUCACGUCGCUGGAAUCCUCGCUGGUAAGACCUACGGCGUCGCCAAGAAGGCCAAGAUUAUCUCUGUCAAGGUCUUCCAGGGUGACUCGGCCGACCUUUCAGUCAUCAUGACCGGUAUUGAGUGGGCUGUCAACGACAUCAUCAAGAAGAAGCGACAGGAGUUUUCCGUCAUCAACCUGUCUCUCGGUGUCAACGGUGUUUCUGGUGCUCUCAACGAUAUUAUCAAGAACGCCGCCAAGGCUGGUGUUAUCAUUGUCGUCGCUGCUGGCAACCAAGGCAAAUCUGCUAGCCUGACAUCUCCUUCCUCCGCCCCUCAGGCCAUCACCGUUGGAGCCAUUGACAACAACUGGAAGAUUCCCAGCUGGUCUAACUACGGUUCAUCAGUUGAUGUUUUGGCCCCUGGUGUCGACAUCGUUUCUGCCUCGUGGUUGAGCGACAACGGCACUUACGUCGAGGAUGGUACAUCCAUGGCCUGCCCUCACGUCGCUGGUCUUGUGCUUUAUGCCCAGUCAGUCUACGGCAUCGUUGGGGUAAAAUCGACGACAAACUUCAUCAAGAAGUACGCCACCAACAACAAGAUUGUUGGUUCGCGCCGUGGCUCACCAAACCGAAUUGCCAACAACAACAACUUCGCUCAAACCAAGUGA